GUUCACAGUAGCUAGUGUAACAUUUUACUCGUCCAUUUUGGCGAAAAUCAGCGAGGAAGCAGGAGCAAAAACUUGAGUUCCUUAAAAGGUAGAGAGCAAGAUGCCUGGUGUAACAGUUAAGGAUGUAGACCAGCAAGUUCUGACAAAGAAUUUGGCUGCUUUUAAAAAAUCGGGAAAAGUCUUAGUGCCGGAGCAGGCCGACUAUAUAAAGACGGCCAAGUUCAAGGAGACUGGGCCAACUGACGACGAUUGGUUCUACAUUCGCUGUGCCUCCAUCAUGAGACACCUGUACCUGCGCAGUCCUUCCGGAGUCGCGGUUACCAAAGUCUACGGAGGACGCAAGCGCAACGGGGUUCAUCCGUCUAAGUACUGUCGCUCUUCGGACGGCUGCAUUCGCAAGGCCCUUCAAGCCUUGGAAAUUGCUCGCAUGGUGGAGAAGCAUCCGGAUGGGGGUCAACUGACUUCACUUGGUCAACGUGACUUGGAUCGCAUUGCCAACCGCAUUGUAACCAAGCAUCGAGAGGCCUUUACACCACUCUCGAUAAUUGUCACCACAUAAACACUUCAUUUCAAGAUUACUUUUCGAGAGCUUCACAUACAUA